UCCAAUGCGCCCGCUCCCUUCCAAGGCCUCAAAUCCUUCGGGGCAUCGACUUGCUCGAAGCCGCCGGAGCCAAUGGCGACUCACUCGAUUGCUGCACUGCCUGGCUGGAGGGCGUCACCGCUUUGUCCGUGUCUGACUGCCUGCCUGCCUGUCUGCCGCCAACACAUCGCUCACUCAAUCGCAUCGACACACCACACCACACUCAACUUUCUCUCUCUCUCUCUCUCUCUCUCUCUUUCAUCACUCUUCCUCCUCCUGUUCCUCACGCCACCUGCUGCACUCUCCAUACAGCUUUGCACACCGCUGCAUCUUUCCAUUUCCCACAACCCCAACCAUCAUCAUCAUGCCUUACGACAAGAAGGCUGUUCACUUCGGCGGUGGCAACAUCGGCCGUGGCUUCGUUGCCGAGUUCCUCCACAACUCCGGCUACGAGGUCGUCUUCGUCGAUGUCAUGGACUCCAUCAUCGAAUCUCUCCAAAACACCCCCUCCUACACCGUCACCGAGAUUGGCAACGACGGCGAGCGCACCUUCACCAUUGACCACUACCGUGCCAUCAACUCCAAGCACGAGAUGGACAAGGUCAUCCACGAGAUUGCCACCGCCGACGUCGUCACCUGUGCUGUCGGCCCCAACAUCCUCAAGUUCGUCGCUGAGCCCGUGGCAAAGGCCAUUGAGGCCCGCACCGCCGACAAGCCCCUGGCCGUCAUUGCCUGCGAGAACGCCAUCAACGCCACCACCACAUGGAAGGGCUUCAUCGAGGCCAAGUUGAGCGAGGAGACCCUCAAGAACAUUGACAGCCGUGCCCGCUACGCCAACUCGGCCAUUGACCGCAUUGUGCCCCAGCAGGAGUCCAACGCCGGCCUCAACGUCAAGAUUGAAAAGUUCCACGAGUGGUGCGUCGAGCAGAAGCCCUUCGAGAACGGUGGCAACAAGCCCGAGGUCGAGGGCAUCCACUACGUCGACGACCUCGAGCCCUACAUUGAGCGCAAGCUCUUUACCGUCAACACCUCCCACGCCACGGCCGCCUACUACGGCCACCAGCGCAAGGUCCCCUACAUCCACGAGGUCUUGGCCGACAAGGAGCUUUCCGAGAUUGUCCGCAGCGCCGUCAAGGAGACUGCCAACCUCAUUGUCAACAAGCACGGCAUUUCCGCCCAGGACCAGGACACCUAUGUCAGCUCCAUCAUCACCCGCAUUUCCAACCCCACCCUCCAGGACAACGUCGAGCGUGUCGGCCGUGCUCCUCUCCGCAAACUCUCCCGCAAGGAGCGUUUCAUUGGCCCCGCCGCCCAGCUUGCUGAGCGUGGUGAGAAGGUCGAUGCUCUCCUCGGUGCUGUAGAGCAGGCCCUCCGCUUCCAGAACGUCGAGGGUGACGACGAGUCCGUCGAGCUCGCCAAGAUCCUCAAGGAGAAGUCCGCCGAGGACGCCACCACGCACAUCACCGGCCUCGAGAGCUCUCACCCUCUGUACGAGAAGAUUGUUCCCAUCGUCAAGAAGGUACAGAGCUCGUGA